AGAUGAAACAGACAAGGGAGAAGAGGCUGAGACUGUCUUUCUGAGCAGAGGAGAGCACAAGGGACAUGGCCAGGCAGACUCCAGCUCUGUCCCUGAGAGGUAAAAGACUGCUGGAGUUUCUGCCCUCAAGCACCAUCAUUGCAGGAAAAAAACAAAACAAUACCACCAGCAACACCCAACCCCCCCAAACAAACAACAAAAAAACCCCCAAAUCCCCAAAAAACCACCCAAGAGUUCUACCAUGUUUUGCUCAGGGUCAGAUUUUUGGGGUGGCUGGGGAGAAUGUGUUUGGGGAGGGCCACCUCACACUGGCCUUCUCGAUGCUGCUGAAUAAAGGGGUUGCAGGGUGUGCAAAUCAAGUGAAGGACGUGCAUCAGCAGAAAGCAGAGCCUGAUCCCAGGCUUGGGAGUACCGGGCCUUGCUGAAGAGCCCAAUAAAGAGGAAGGCCAUCACAAGGGGCUGCAGCCCUGCCACAAAGCCUCAAAAAAGAUUUCAGAGCUUGUUUUUCUCCCAGCUGUGUGUUUCAGCUGGGACACGGGCCAAGCACCUCCAGCAAGGGCUGCUGGGUGGCUGGGGAGGCUGGAGCACAGAUUCAUCGACUCCUACCCUGGGCCACCUCUGAUGGCCGGGUCUGCUGCCAUGGCCACCAGCCUGCACCGCACAGGCAGACUCACGGCAGCCCCUUCCCUGCUCGCUGCCAUGCCUGUGCCGCCUUCUCACCCCUUCGUGGUCAUUUCCACUCCCCGCAUGUGUUGGCAACACAACCUGCCACAACGCUUGGGCUCCAGGGCUCUCAUCAGCUUGUUCCUGAGCAUCUGCUCUCAGCCUGGUCUUGAGCACCCAGCCAGUCCUGCCAAAACCUUGGCGUUCCUGCCCAUGGCGUGCACUGUCCGGUAAGUAAGAUCAUCAGUGCACUUCAGAAGUCCUUUUUAUCACAGUCCUUAUCAGGCAGUAACAAGGCGAGGGUUGUCCUGAGGUAGUCUCUGCUUGACUUUACCAUGUGAGUAUGGAAGCUACAUCUUCCUGCAAACCCUCAGUCACGAACCAGCACAGCUCACAAGUCCUUCUGGACCACCAAGAUCUGUGCUGGGAGAAGAGGCAACCCAGCUGUCACAGCUAGUAGCUGCUUCUGCCAGAAAACUCUGGUUGCCAGACAAGAGUUCAGAGAGCAGCAAGAUUGCAAAAGGGGCGUGAAGCUGCCCUAGUGCACAGAAGAGAAGAAUGAAAGCGGCGCUGACGCUGGCGGAGGUUCCCUCUCCAAUGAGGAAGCCUCUUGCACUAUAUAUGAUUUCUCUGCGUGGCUGUUUCCUUUUUGUGCUUGCACCUCUUGCAAUCAGAUGGGUAUGCUGUGAGGCAGCCAGCGAGGUGAAACCUCAGUCCUCCCCUGGGAGCGUUAAGUACACAUGGCCCUACGAUGGAUAUUUCUCCUGCUCCUCAUGCCUCUGCUGGCAGCACAGGAGCUGCAAGACACAGACCCCAAUAUCUCCGGAGAACCCCAAGAAACAGAAACGUGCAAAAGGCCCCAGUGGGACUCAAGACUCCAGCUGGCACCAGACAAGGAGAAGUACAAGAACAACAAAAAAGUGAUGCUGCGCUGCCCUGCGGGUUUCCAGCCAUCCUUCACCCACGUCAAAUGUGCGAGGGAAGUCCAGUCCGUCAGUCAUCGGAAACCUGUAUACAGAGAAGUUUGGUUCGGAGGGGACAGUGGAGGUGACUGGACCCGCAUUCAGUCCAGCGUGGAGUGCAUCGAAACGUGCAAAAGGCCGCAGUGGGACUCAAGACUCCAGCUGGCACCAGACAAGGAGAAGUACAAGAUGAACGAAGAAGUGAUGCUGAGUUGCCCUGCGGGUUUCCAGCCAUCCUUCACCCACGUCAAAUGUGCGAGGGAAGUCCAGUCCAUCAGUCAUCGGAAACCUGCAUACAGAAAAGUUUGGUUCGGAGGGGACAGUGGAGGUGACUGGACCCGCAUUCAGUCCAGCGUGGAGUGCAUCGAAACGUGCAAAAGGCCGCAGUGGGACUCAAGACUCCAGCUGGUACCAGACAAGGAGAAGUACAAGAAGAACGAAGAAGUGAUGCUGAGCUGCCCUGCAGGUUUCCAGCCAUCCUUCACCCACAUCAAAUGUUUGGGGGAAGACCAGCCCAUUACCAGCUGGAAUCCUGUCUACACAGACCCAUGGGUAGGAAGGGACAGUGGAGGUGACUGGACCCGCAUUCAGUCCAGCGUGGAGUGCAUCGAAACGUGCAAAAGGCCCCAGUGGGACUCAAGACUCCAGCUGGCACCAGACAAGGAGAAGUACAAGAUGAACGAAGAAGUGAUGCUGAGUUGCCCUGCGGGUUUCCAGCCAUCCUUCACCCACGUCAAAUGUGUGAGGGAAGUCCAGUCCAUCAGUCAUGGGAAACCUGUAUACAGAGAAGUUUGGUUCGGAGGGGACAGUGGAGGUGACUGGACCCGCAUUCAGUCCAGCGUGGAGUGCAUCGGGAAAUGCCAGAAGCCCCAGUGGGACGCCAGGUUUAUCUUUGACCCAGAUCGAGGGCUCUACACCCCAAAUGAGGUGGUGAAGAUGAGAUGCGCUGAAGGGUACUGGUCGUCUGCUGUGGAGAUCACCUGCGUGAAGCUGUACCCACGUCAAGGCUCCUCCAUUUCUCACAGUGGCUGGAUUGUGAGGAAAGACACGGGCCACUGGCACCGUAUAGAGGGGAACAUGACCUGUGUGGAGGUCCUCCAGGUUGUCCCCGGGACCUUGGAGAUUUCCAGCACCAGCAUCAAACUGAACUGGACCUGCAGGCUCCCUGACGUCUGCCAGCGCAUGCGGGCCACGUGCCGCCUGGCAGUGCCUUCCUCCCCUCCCUGUGAGGCUGAGGAGGUGAAGGGAGAGGAGAUGCUACAUGGCGGGGAGGGAACAUUUACUUGUCCCCCUCUGCAGCCCUUCACCGACUACAGUGUCACCAUCUCCCUGCCCCCCAGCACGGUCCUUUUCACAUGGUUGGUCAGGACAGGGGAAACAGUGCCGGACAAACCGGAGAAGCUGUGGCUGGAUCCCAGCACGGGGUCCAUCAAGUGGGAGAAGCUGCCCUCCUGCAAUGGGGAGAUCAUUGGAUACCAGCUGAACAUCACAGCCUGGAGUGCGCAGGACGGCGGCUUCCUGGAGAUGCAGCGGCUGCGGCUGAGCAGCUCUGUCACGGAGCACUCGCUGCCUGGGCACAGCCCCGGCAGCAGCUACGUGGUGACGAUGCAGGGAGUCACGAACACGGGAGCCGGGGCUGCGUCACUGUGGGAGUUUCAGACCGACAGCUCGGACACCCCGCACCCUCUCGACAUCAGCUGCCGCAGCGUCCGUGACAUCUCCCCAUCCCAAGGGACCGUUGUGCUUCCCCUCCGGCCCAUCGCCCGGCCCCCCGAGAUGGCGAGGGAACACCAGCUCAUCGUGGUCGCGACGCACAAUGGCACGGCGGUGGAAGGCGCCUGCUUGGGGGAACCACAGCCCUUCAACGCCAGCCAGCAGCCUGGCACCUACGUGGCUGCCGUGAUCAACCUCACUGCCUCCACGGACUUUGUGCUGGGCGACGGGACCCGCGGGCAGGGCUACCACAACGCUGCCCUCCGGACGGGCUGGGACUACACGGCCCUUCUCCGCCUCGUCCGCCGCUCGCCGCAGGCAGAGAAGUUCACCUGUGUCUGCUACAGCUUCUCUGUUGUUGCAGGGCAGGAACCAGGGCCCCUGAUGGGCAGGAUGCCUGUGGUUAUAGCAGUAGCGCUGGUUGUUGCACUCCUGGCACUGGGGAUUUUGCUCUUCGUGCUCUUCAGGCGAAAAUACAACAGUUCAAAAACCUCGGAGAACAGCAGCACUAUUCCCCUGCGGAGAUGUCAAGGAGGUGUGUGCAAGCUGAACACACAGAUCCCAGUGGAAGAACUGCUGGAGGCUCUGAAGAGGUUUAAGAGGGCAGAAAUAGAGGCAGAGCAGAUAGAGGAUGAAUUGAUUGACAGGCAUGGCGCUGGGCGUCUGAGAGAGUAUCAGCAACUGUCCUCCACUUUGUUGCAUCCCUGCAAUGCCGGGAAGGAGCUGUGUAAUCAGAGCAAGAACCGCUACAAGAGCAUCAUCCCAUACGAUCACUGCCGUGUGGUGCUGCACCCCUCUGACACAGGGAACAGUUACAUCAAUGCCAGCUAUGUGGAUAGCUACCGGAGUCCACGCUUCUUCAUUGCAGCUCAAGGCCCCUUGCCUGGGACGGUGCUGGAUUUCUGGCAGAUGGUCUGGCAGGAGAAGACCUCAGUCAUUGUGAUGCUGACGGGCUUAGUGGAGCAGAACAAGACCAAGUGCGAGCAGUAUUGGCCAGAACAGGAGCAAGUCUAUGGGGACUUCACCGUGACACUCAACAACACCAGGACCACCACAGGCCUUGUCACUCGCAUCUUCUGCCUGCAGAAGGCAGGCUGUGCUCUCCCAAGAGUAGUGGAGCAGUUUCACUACCUGCUGUGGCCAGACCAUGGGGUGCCCAGAAAUGCUGCCCAGCUCCUGUGCUUAAUGGAGUUGGUGAACAAGAGGGGAUUGGAAACGCCUGCUGGACCUGUGCUGGUGCACUGCAGCGCAGGGAUCGGGCGGACAGGUACCUUCAUCGCCCUGGACUUCCUCCUGAAGAUGGGGAAGGUUGAGGGGAAGGUGGAUGUGUUUCACUGCGUGCAGAGGCUGCGGGAGCAGCGGGUCAGCAUGGUGCAGACCAAGGAGCAGUACACCUUCUUAUAUGAGGCACUGCUUGAAGGCUUGCUCUGUGGCAACACCGGCGUCCCAGUGGAGAGCAUCGCCAGCCAUGUCCGCUGCCUUCGAGAAGCUGAGACCUCAAGGCAGGACAAUGUCCUUGAGAAGGAGUUCAAGGCCCUGCAGAAGUUUUCUGAGUUGUUCCAGCUCCUGCCAUGCAGAGAAGCAGAGAAACCCAGCAACCAGCCCAAGAACCGCAAGCCAAGCAUCCUGCCAGCGGAUUCCUGCCGGCCCAUCCUAAUGUCCUCGCUGAAUGCAGACGGCUCACCAGGUUACAUCAAUGCCGUGUUUGCCCACACAUACACCCAGGAGGACAGACUCAUCGUCACCCAGCUGCCUUUCCCCACCACGCUGGUGGAUUUCUGGGCUCUGGUCUGGGAUUACACCUGCACGUCGGUGGUUAUUCUGAACCAGCUCCAGGAGCUGGAUGAGACAUACAUGGAUUUCUGGCCCACCCAGGGCGAAGCUGCCUACGGCCGUUUCCAUGUCCGCCUGAUCUCAGAGGAGCCUGGAGCUGGCUUCACAGCCUGGACACUUGCCCUCACCAACAGGCAGCAGCCCAAGAAGUCUGCACUGGAAGUCCAAUUCUGGCAGCUGAAGGACUGGCCCAUGCAGCAACGCCUUCCCCCAUGCCCUGCCACAAUCAUCAGCCUCCUAGGGAAGGUGGAGACACACCAUCGGCAGAGCCAAGACGGACAUAUCCUUGUUGCCUGCUGGGAUGGUGCCAGCCGGAGCGGGAUCUUCUGUGCUGCUAGUUUCCUGUGUGAGCAGAUCCAAAGCGAGGGGCUGGUGGAUGUAUCCCAGGCUGUGAGGAUGCUGAAGAGGCGGCGGAGACAGCUGAUUAAAGAUGUGGAGCAGUAUGGGCUCUGCUACGAAUUAGCCCUCAGUUACUUGAAUUCAUUUGAAACCUAUGGGAAUUUCAAGUAGAGGCAUGGCCACAGCCCAUCUCUGGCCAGGACUUUGACUCUCUUGAUAGCCCUCCAUCAGUAACAGUGGAAACCAGAGGAGACAAGAAGGGUGUGCACAGCCCCAAGAUGCUUUACUCCCCUGAAAAGCCACCCCAAGGGUCCUCUGUGGCUGGAGAGCACAGGCUAGACUGUCUCCAAAUUGUGGUCAGGCUUUGAAGCGGGAACUUGACCCUUUGCCCAGAGGUUGCACAGAAACUUACCUGGAAUCACAGCCCGAGUACGCAGACCAGAGCAGAGGCACCAGGACUUGACCUGUCUGUGCUAGGGAUUAAGAGAACCAGCUGUCCCAUCCAGGCUCCCUUGUUCCUUCACACAGCCCCAGAGAAAGUGGGGUAGCUCUGUGUUUUGCCAGAAGAGUAUCAAACUGCUGUAAGAUCCAUGGGGCUCAGGAGCACAGGCUAUCUGUACUACUUGGGGAGAAGCAUGAAGCCCAAGGCCAACCAUAGCCAAGGGAGGGACAACCCACAGUCAUGCAGCGAUAGCCUGGUCCUUCCCACCCCACACAAUCCCUUCCUGGAGCUCCAUCUUCCUGAUGCUGAUCUAGGUGCCACGGCCCUGCCAGCUGGUCCUGGUUUAGGCAGGGAUAGAGUUAAUUUUCAUUCUGGCAGCUGGUGUAGUGCUGGUUUUUGGAUUUAGGAUGAGAAUAAUGUUGAUAACACACUGAUAUUUUAGUUGAUGCCAAGCAGUCAAGGACUUUUCAGCUUCUCAUACCGGCCUGCCAACGAGAAGGCAGGGGUGCCCAAGAAGCUGGGAGGGAACACAGCCAGGACAGCUGACUCAAAACUGGCCAAAGGGAUAUUCCAUACCAUAUGACAUCACAUUCCACAUAUAACCGGGGUUUGGCCGGGAGGCGAUGUGGCUCGGGAACUAGCUAAGCAUCAUCUUCAGGUGGUGAGCAAUUGUGCUGUGCAUCACUUGUUUUGUAUAUUCUUUUAUCAUUAUUAUUAUUCUCUUCCUUUUCUGUCCUAUUAAACUGUCUUUAUCUCAA